UUUUUCCACAACUGGUUUAUUUGAUGGCAUACCCUUUUUUUUUUUACCGGAGCUCAAUGGCAUAUGUCGCAAAACAUCAUGGUUAUUGCAACUCGAGUUGACGAAUGAUGGCAGUUUUACUUUACGGUCGUACCACGGAACAACUGUAUAAAAAUCGUGCGUUGUAAUUUGUUUACAUACUGAUAAAGUGCAUUAGAUAUCAUUAAAGCAAGAUGGGAGUAGCGGAUGAAGCAGACCGGACUCUCUUUGUUGGAAAUUUGGAUCCAAAAGUGACGGAAGAACUUUUAUUCGAGCUCUUUUUACAGGCAGGACCUAUGUUCAAAGUGAAAAUUCCAAAAGACAAUGAUGGAAAACAGAAAGCUUUUGGAUUUGUCUGUUUCAAGCAUGAGGUGUCUGUACCCUAUGGCAUGAACCUGCUCAAUGGGGCAACUCUAUUUGGAAGAACUCUCAAAGUACAGUUCAGAGCAGGAAGCAGUCACAUUAACAGCCCAGGGAACUCCCAGAAUCAAAGCCUUGUGAAUACUCCCAAUCCACAUGGGGCUGGGGGCAGAUAUGACAAGAGCCCAGACCAGGGGUCCAUCCAGAGGACCUUCUCCUCUCCUGAUAGUCUGCAGAGACAGGCAAUGAUGAACAACAUGUGGCAGAUGCAGCAGCUCCUGGGCGUGAAUGGAGGCUUCCCAGCCGGCGGCAUCGGGCUUCUGGGGCAGCCACCACCACCACCACAGCAGCUACAGAGUGGUGGAGGUGGUGGGUCCUGGCAACAGGACAGCUCCUCACCUCGAGGCAACAGGCAGGGGUACCAGCAGGACAGUGGCAGGGACCAGCGCUACCCAGGAGGCUCUGAAACCGGCUCCAACCGGCACCACCGCAGCCAGCGGGAUGACCAGCGAGGUGAACACUAUCACCAUGACGACAGGAGUGGGAGCAGCGGAGGCGGCCGUAGCAGAGAUGACAGGUGGAGGGACAGCUCCAGAGAUGGUCGGUGGAGACGAUACUGAUGCACUAUGGAAAUUAAGGACUAUUGUGAAUAUUUUUCACUUUAAAGGACCUAUAUUUUAUAAUUUUACAGGAUGCCACACUCAAUGUGUAAAUCCUGAUCAUAUUGAGGAAAAAAACAAAACAAUUACAAGCUCAGGAGAUGCAUUGUUUUUAAACAAUCUGUUAGUCAUAUGUUUAGAAUAAUGACUUUAUUUUUUAAAUACACUGGACUGUGUCCAAGUAAAAACAAGAUUGAUUUAUUUUUAAUUACCAAUGAGGUUUUCCAGUUUUACUGUGACAAAUUGAAAAAAAUGUAUUGGGAGAUGAAUUUGCUUUUCAUACCACCCUCUGGAGAAUUGUUCAAUCUGAUUAUUAUACCCCUUAGAAGGGGCAGUUGUCUUUUUAUUUUUAUUUUUUAAAAGUUUUUGUUUGAAAAGCUGAGCUGUUUGUCAAGAAUUGGUAUUUAAUUUCUACAAGGUAUGGUGCUCAACUGUUUGUGGUAAAUUGCUCAGGUAUUUAAACAAUUUGGUACUAUUUCAGCUAUGUAAACUAAUUCCACCCGCAGCACUCUAGGCUGAAAUUUACUGUGACAUUUGUUUCUUAUGUUACAACUUUAAAUGGCAAAUGUGAUUUUUGGAUUAGUCUAUUUUAAAUUUGAGGACUUUACAAUUGUAAGGAUACCCAACAGGUUCCAUGUACAUGUGAAACUUAGAUAUUUUCAUGAAAUAUUGGCAUAAAAAUAAUUUGUCUACCAUU